UCUGUAGUCUGUGACCACAGAUUAAUAGAUAUUCUGUGACUAUAACCUCAAAAUUUUAAACCAAAACCAAAUUAAUUUGUAACCAAAUAGAAAAAUAUUUGUUAUGUUUUGCCUGAAAUUGUGAAUGUAAUUCAGAAACAGUAUGCUUGGGUUACGUUCAACUUUAAAUAAAUUAUGCGUUGCUGGUUCAAGUGUAGUUUGCCAACAAACAAGGAAUACAUUCAUAUUAAAAAGAAAAUGGCAUCCACCACUUCAUAAGAAAAAUGGUAGACCAUCCAAGUUGAGAGCAAGACACUUUGUAUAUGAUUUAGUUGAAGACACCAACUUGGCCAAACAAUCUGACAUAAAAAUAAUUUUGAACCAAUUUGUGGAUGGUGUUGGCAAUGCUGGUGAUGUUUUAUCUCUGCGUCCCGUAAAUGCUUAUAAAAAUUUCCUUAUGCCGGGCCUAGCAAUAUAUGCUAGUCCUGAAAACUUGGCAAAGCAUAAAAUUGAUGAGAACAAACCUAAAGUUGAUUCAAAUUAUAGUUCACCAUAUGUUCAAAGGACAUUGGGAUGUUUAUCAAGAUUAGUAUUACAAAUAACUAUGAGCAAAACUCAACCAUGGACUCUAGAACCUUGGCAUGUCAGAACAUCUUUCCGGAAGGCAGGAUUUGUUGUACCAGAGCAUGCUAUAACCAUGCCUCCAGUCACAAUAAAAGGUCCAGACUUAACUUUGCAGGACAAGGAGUUUACAGUAACUGUUAAGGUAAACAAUAAAGAAGAAGUGGCUGUAAGAUGUAGAAUCCAUCACUGGGCAACUGGCUUAGAGAGACUGCCAUGGGUACCAUUCCAUUGGAAAGAACCAAAGGAACCUUUAAUUGCUGAGCAAGCUCCUAUUUUAGAAAGCCUUCCUUUGCCUAAGUAGUAAAAAAACAAUUAGUAAAUGUGUUGUUCAUUAUGUAGGUAUAUUGUAUUAUACAUGAAAUAAAACUGUAAUUUGUGAAGUAAACUUUAUUACAAUA